UCUCUCUCGGGUUCUUGGGUAGGCACGCACGCGAGCUCCAGACGGAGCGCCACCCGGCCGCUGCGUUAGAAGCUUCCGCCGCACGCGCAUCUCACCUGGACGUGUACGUGUUCGUGUCCUGUAGCACCCCUAAUAUAAUCCCCUACAGAUUACUAUAUCCUAUAUGGGCUCCAUACAAAUAAGGAUAUCUUAGUUUACUCACCUAAUAAACCGGUACGUGAUUCACGGUGCGCGGAUGACUUAGCUUGUGGAUUUGCUGAUAAGAAAUUUGGGAGCAGCGAACGAACAUAGGAGUUUUGGCUUUUUUUUUGCUACUUUAUUUAAACGCAACGUACGUUACCGGUCGAACUGUUUCUCUAGAAGAAAGGCAAAUUAGUCCCGACUGAAGUUUUCAGAAAUCUGAACGGAUGAAGAAAAGGUCGUCCAUCCGGUGAUCCUCUCCACCGCGAACGUGCGGUGCGGCGCAGUAGUAGUCUGAACUGAAGAAACGGCAGCAGGCCCCGCAGCUAUACCGGAAGCAGGAGUAAACCAGCUGGCAUUAACUAGUUGCUACCGUAACCGUGCAACGGGAUCGCGCCAUCGGUCGAGCUGAUCCGACGAGCGCUAGCUCGUCCUCCGCUGCGAGGAUCAUACCAUGGGAUCGGAGGACGAGGCGGCGGCGCCGUGGUUGUCUGGUUCGCUGGUUGGGUUUGGCGCCGGCUUGGCACGACGCGCUCCACCUUCCUCCUCCAUGCUUGUGAGCCGGUCCCCAUCCGUUCGGAUCCUGGAAGCGCGGCCGGCUUUCCGUUUCGAGGCCGUGGCCCCGGCGCCGCUGCUGCGGGCACAGCGCCGCCUCUUUCCGGCCGGCUAAAUCUCUUGGUCGAUCGGGGGCCGUCGUGGCCGCCGGUGCUGCCCGCCCGGCUCGUCCGUUGCGGGGAGCCACGAAGCUUCUCGGAAGCUACGCACAUUCGCCGGCCGGGGCGCUUCCGUUUCCGUCCGGCCGGGAGAUCGAGCGCGCAUGCAGUCGACUCGAGACAGGUCCUAUUCAUCAGGGCGGGAUCGGCGAUGUGUACGUGGAUUUCACGAGGGUACUUGUCCCACGUUCUUUUCUAGGAAACUUAUACUAGGUCCCGUUUGGCCGGGUUUCGGCCUGUUCCAGUUCCACCUGGCACACAACUGUAGCAUAUUGCAGUGGUACUGUGGAACACUAUUCGUUACUGUAGUAGAGGAGAUUGUUCCUCUAGCUCCGCCUCGCCUUAGGUUCAUCACUCGUGGUGGUCAAGCAUAUUUACACGUAAACUAGAAAACAGCGAAAAAGAGACAAUCCUAAUGGGACCGCACUUAUCGUAGACGUCGGGGACCGCGGAGAGCACAAUAACCGGCAACCACACGUUGAUCGAGAGGAUACUUUAACCUCAAGUUACGCAAUUAACAAGUUCAGAUACUUUUUGCACAAGUCUGGAAACUGCAAACGGGGAACGUACUUGCAAAUGUACUGGCAGUGAUCGAAGCCGUUCCAAACGGGACGGAGAGACCCAGCCAACCCUUUGAUCACCCCGCCUCCUAAUUUUAGCCAAACCCAAGAUAAAACCCCGAAAACGAAGGAAGGAACUCAGCUCCAGAGGCCGAGAAUUCGCACUAGCGCAUCACACAUCAGCGCCGGUUAAACUCCAUUUGGUCAGCUCCUCGUUGCCCAAGGAGCAUGUCCUGCCGCUCCCAUGCGCCGGAUCCACCCGGACAGAGCCACCACACGCGCGCGCGUACCCCACCCGGCGGCGUCCUCGUCCAGCUCCUGACCUUCGUCUGCUGCCCGGACGACCAUGGCGGGCAGCGGUGGCGACGGCGGCGCGCCGCUGCUCGUCGGCGACGGGGCGCCGGCGUGGCGCGAGCGCUGCCCCGGGUGCCGGCAGCAGAGGAGGGUGAUGGCCUCUGACCGGAUACCGUACGCGGCCUUCCUCUACAUCUGGAUCUCCUGCCUCUGCGCCGCUCUGCCAAUCCAGUCAUUGUUCCCGUAUCUGUACUUCAUGAUCAGGGACUUGAAAAUCGCAAAAGAAGAGCGAGACAUUGGGUUCUAUGCUGGUUUUGUUGGGGCAACUUAUUUCCUUGGAAGAACCAUCAGUGCUGUGCCAUGGGGCAUGUUUGCUGACAAGUAUGGAAGGAAGCCAUGCAUUGUGAUCAGCAUCCUCUCAGUGGUUGUGUUUAACACGCUUUUUGGCCUUAGCACAACUUACUGGAUGGCAAUUGUAACUAGGGGGUUACUUGGAUUGCUCUGUGGCAUACUGGGGCCAAUCAAGGCCUAUGCUUCAGAAGUCUGCAGGAAAGAGCACCAAGCUCUAGGAAUAUCUCUUGUUACAUCGUCACGAGCGAUCGCUCUUGUUAUUGGACCUGCUAUUGGAGGCUUUCUUGCACAGCCAGCAAAAAAGUACCCCAAUCUUUUCUCUGAAGAGUCCAUAUUUGGGAGGUUUCCAUACUUCCUCCCUUGCUUCGUCAUAUCGGUACUAGCAGCAGGAUCUUGUAUUGCAUGCAUUUGGCUUCCGGAAACACUGCACUUUCACAAUGAUGACAAGGUAGAAGUUAUUGAUGAACUGGAGGCACAAGCUGGUGACUCCAACUUAGAUGCUCGAAAGGCUAAAGAAUCUAGAGGUGAAUCUACAAAGAAUCUGCUAAAGAACUGGCAAUUGAUGUCAGCAGUAAUCCUCUACUGUAUCUUUUCUCUGCAUGACACAGCUUAUCUUGAGAUAUUUUCACUUUGGGCUGUUAGCAGCAGAAAAUUUCGGGGCCUGAGUUUGACAUCCCAGGAUGUUGGAACUGUUCUGGCCAUCUCAGGUUUUGGUGUUCUUGUAUAUCAACUUGCAAUUUAUCCUUUCCUUUCCAAGUAUUUUGGACCAGUCAAGCCAUUUCGUCCUGCGGCGGUCUUAUCCAUACUUCUCCUUGCAACAUAUCCCUUCAUGACCAACCUACAUGGGCCGGAGCUCAAGAUACUUAUCAACAUAGCAUCGCUUUUGAAGAACAUGUUUGCUGCUACCAUUACUAUUGCGUGCAACAUUCUGCAAAACACUGCAGUGACACAAGAACAGAGAGGUGUUGCAAAUGGCAUCUCCGUGACUCUGAUGUCAAUGUUCAAAGCUGUCGCUCCAGCAGCAGCAGGGAUUCUGUUUUCAUGGGCUCAGAAACACAUAAGCGGGCUGUUCUUACCAGGUGAUCAGAUCCUGUUCCUGAUGCUAAACAUGGUGUCCGUAAUUGGUCUAGUUCUGACAUUCAAGCCACUUUUCUCCCUGCCAAAUGCGAUGAGCCGUUCUUAACCCUGUGUAUAUGAAGUUUGUUAGUUGUGAGUUACAUCAGGUCCACUGUUAGAUUACAGUCGUGGGUUUUGAACUGCAAGAGUUCAUGUAUUGUGAUGGUUCAUACUUUUCGCCUUAUGUUCAGUUAAGUAACCGGAUGCAAAGGGUUCUCUGAAUUUUCGCAUAGACAUUUAUGGGUCAUUUUAACUAUUUGCACAACGGCAGGGGUGUGUAAA